ACAUAUUUACCAACCAUUUGUUUAGUUUUUAUUAAAACUUUAACUGUUAACGAAAACAAGGAAAUAGUACCAUUUUAUAAAUCCAGCAACGAUAGGCUGACAAAAUAGUUGAGUCCUGAAAAGGCUUGGUUCUAUUUGCACAGUCAUUAACAAUUAUUAGUGAAAACUAAUGCUGGAAAGUUGAUUGAUGAGAUGUAUGAAGAAACAUAUGAUUUACUAACGACUGCAAUAGUGAUCACAGAAUAGAACCCAAUGUGAUGUCUCCUUCGCCUCAGAAAUUUAAAGUUUUAUUGAUUUAGUUUGUGAAAUGUGUUAAUGGUUAAGGUAAUGAACCUAUAAUAUGUUCCUGAUCUGUUGUCAUGAUCAACCAAUCAAUCAAAGCCACCGGAAGUCUCGAUCGAAGAGAAGGUAGUGGUCGACUGUGAUGAACGACAGCUAGAUGCAAUUGCUUUGUCGUUUGAUAGGUAGUCAACUCCAAAUAUCAGUAAUGUAAGUUUGAGCACUAAAACAGUCAUCAGAAGGCUUCGUGGGAAUAACUUAAUGUAUAGUUCCGCAUUAGGUUCUCUAAUAUAGGAGAGGCAUCGAGUAGAAAGGCAACUAUUCUCAAAUCAGCAACUUGCUCACACAUUUAAACAAUGGGAACUUUUCUCUUCACAAAUGAAUGCCAAUUUAAUUUGUGGCAAUUAGAUGUCCAGGAUUCUGUGUGGGCAGCUUUUCUUAAUGUGCCAUUUGCGAGUCACAUCUUUUGCAAAGACAGCAAUUGAUUAUACAGAAUGGAUUUUUCACUGCGCUAAGAUACUUUAAGGAAGUUUUUAUGGAAGUUGUGAUCACAUUUGCUCAUUAUAUUGGGGACAACAUCGUGUUAACACAUGCUAAUGCUCAACCACAUGCAGCCCAAGUUGUCAAUGAAGGCCAGCUCGUGAAUGAAUACCAUAGAGCACUUUUAGGGCAUGAUAAAGAGAACAAAUCCAGAAGUUGCCUCACUCAGCAAUUGUGAGGUACUGUCUCUGCUUAAUGAGUUGAAAGACAACUCGCAGAUUAGUACAAAAUCAGGAAACCAAUUUGCCACAAUUUUAUAUGAAACUUCACAAUAUUUGCAUAACUUACAUGCACAGCAGUCCGAGCAGGAUGUGAGGAAUCUGCUAAAAGCUCUUUUGGACUUUCCGAUUCCCCUGACAUAUCGUGAAAAACUCAUGAUUGUCAAUACGCCUCCUAAAACUGCAUUGGAAUUAUCACUUAUUAUGCGCAAUUAUGAUGAAAGAUUGACAGAACAAGAGGUUGAAGAUUUGCUCUCAAUAAUUGCUAAGCACUCUAAAGAACCAUUGUCAAUAGGUUAAAUGAUGUACAUAAAUUUUAUUUUUAUAACAUGGAUUUUGUUUUUCUGUACCUAUGAUAUAUAACUAUUUUCAUUUCUGCUGUCUGAUUUUAUUUUAUAUGUUUAUUUAUUGUUAAAACUUGUACCAUAAAACUAAUAAAGAGGUACAAUUAUCAUCAUAAAGUCA